AUGGACAUUCAGGUCUCAUCAUACAUCGAUUUGGAUGCAGUAGCAGCUGAGCCUACCUCCAACCGACCGGUCUCAUCAUACAUCGAUUUGGAUGCAGUAGCAGCUGAGCCUACCUCCAAUAGACUGGUCUCAGCGUACAUCGACCUGGAUGCAGUAGCAGAUGAGCCUACCUCCAACCGACCGGUAAGUCCGAAUAUUAGUGACAUGUGA